AACUCACCGGAGGACUAGAAAACUCUUCGUUCCGCCUCCGCACGCCGCCGCCCGCCACCGCGCGCCGCCGUGCUCUUCGCAGGAUCUGUCAGCUCUUUCCCGUGUUAGCCUACCUCCUGAACCAGUGAUCUCUCUGCACGAUACUCGACCAGCCGGCGCGCGGUCGUGAGCGCUCUUUUGGCUCGGGCGACGGCGUUACGCGGCUGCGCUCGCCAGCUGUUCGCCGGAAUGCCACUGAGGAGUUCGCUUCGGGCUUAGCCGCCCAUUUGUUCGUGGACGGUGCACCGGCCGAUCUUUCAUGCCGCUCGCCAAGCGGUACGUGCUGCGGCUCUUCAUCUCGCUCAAGUACGUGACGGCGAACGUGGUGGACCGCCAGAUCGGGCGCGUGGUGGCGACCGCGUCCUCCGUGGAGAAGCCCCUGCGGGACGGGCUCGAGUGCGGCCGCACCUGCAACGCCAAGGCUGCCGCGGCCGUUGGGGAGGUGCUCGCCAUGCGCCUGAAGGUGGACGGCCUGGCGCGCGAGCCCAUACACGCCAACGCCGCCAAGGAGGUCGAGAAGAAGGGGUUCAAGAACCGCACCAAGGUCUGGGCCAUCCUCAACGCGCUGCGUGACCACGGUGUCAACCUCCACCUCGACGAUGAUGGCGACCAUCGGCCGCAUGUCUGACAAGUACCAUUUCGGUCCUUCAACUCGUUUCUUUGUACUCUUUGCUACUAUCUUCUACACCUCUCUUUCUGCCCUUUGUGUGUCCUCACUCCUCACUUCCUAGGCCCUUGCUACUGUUCAUCUCUAUGGUUGUGCUGCAAUUAAGGUAAAACAUGUAGUAGCUUCUUUGAUUGAAGCAUUUCUAUCAUUGUUGAACACCAUGUGUCUGUGUUACAAUGAACAUAUAUAUAUGUAGACUAUAGAGGUUUCUUCUCACUUCUGUGUUGAAUGCUUUAUAUCAAUUAAAUCCCAUUGUUUCUGGAGUUCAAGAAACCAUGGAUACAGGAUUCA